CACCACCGGCUAAUCGACACCAUGGAUGCCGGGCAGGCUAGUGGAUCUGAUCGAUCGCGGGAUCCCCUUCGGGCAAGGCUCUCCCGGUUCACUUCAGCCCUAUCCUAUGGAAUACCAGCAGAUGAAGUCAAGCAAAAACUCGAAAACAUGGCAACCAAAGCCGCAGGGAUCUCUGAUAUUCUAGAACAUCAAGAGCAGCGAUGUGAAGAGCUGGAGGAGAAGGCGACUUUCAUUCGGGUACAGGUACUGGAACGGAUGUCGCUCACCGCAAUGGCAGGUAUGGAGGCUGCGGUGCUACAUGAACUUUCAGAAGCGAUGAACGACGUGUACAAACUUGUGCAAAAGCGCAAACGUCCUUUUACGCGGUAUCAACAGCUGACUCGACCGGACAUAAGCGCUCUCGGGGAGAAACUUGAAUUCCUAAUGACCAAAUUUUCCGUAGUAGCCGUUGUCAAUCUGCGCGAGAGGGUAAAUGAUCAUGAUGGACGGUUGAUCAAGCUGGAGCGACAGAGGGCCGGAUUGCUCGUCUACCAAGUUCCCACCGAUCUGCCCUUGGUGGAAAUCCCACCCAAGCCCGCUGUCUUCCACGGACGAGACCAACUAGUCCAAUCGAUCGUGCAGCAUCUCUGCGAGAAUGAGAGCUGUCAUAUACCCAUCCUCGGCCCAGGAGGCAUCGGUAAGACCUCCUUAGCUGCUGCUGUACUGAACGAUGAUCGGAUCAAAACCAAAUUUGGCGCCAACCGGAUCUUCAUCAGCUGUGAGGGAGUAACAACUUGCGAUGGGAUCGUCAGCAUGCUGGUGGCCAGUCUGCGCUUGCAGCACGAUACAAGUCCACGGCGGGCUCUUCUUGCCUACCUCCAGUCCCUCGAGCAUGGCAUCCUCGUCCUCGACAACGCCGAGACCGUGUUGGACUCCGAAGAUCGCGCGAAUGUAGAGAAUUGGCUGGGGACGAUUGCAGGAGAAUCGCGCGUCUCCCUGAUGAUCACCAUGCGAAACUCGAACCUGCCGAUGACUGUCCGAUGGGUGGAGAUCUGCUGCGAUCCUCUUCUACCGCUCUCACAGUCGUCAUCCCGCCAGAUGUGGCUUUCUCUCACAUCAAGUGAGGACGCCGAACUCGAUACGCUCCUAACCAUGCUCGACGGCUUACCGAUCGCAAUCACCCUGAUGGCUGCUCUGGCGCGAGGAUCGACACCAUCGGAGUUGAUCGAGUGGUACAAAGCUGAAAGGUCGUCACUACUCAGCACUGGAGGAACAACGCGAUUAACGAGUCUGGAAAUUUCCAUCCGCGUGUCGCUGAACUCUCGUACCAUGAUCAACAGUCCACUAGCCGCCGAAAUGCUCUCGAUACUGUGCUUGCUGCCGGACGGAAUGCAGAUUUCUACGUUUCCGAAAGCCCUUCCCUCGAUCGACAGCCCAAGGUCAAACGCGCUGGUGCUGGUGAAGACCGGGCUGGCUUUACGCGAGAAGGGUCGGAUUCGAUGCCUCUCCCCAAUCCGAGAGUUCAUUCUCCAACAUAGCUCUCCUUCCAAACUGUACCUGGCGGACUUGCGUCUGUUCUUCAUGGAGAGGACGGAGGCAGUAGAUGACCUCGGCGGUGAAAAGUCUCGUGAAGCAAUUGCGCAGUUCUCGUCCGACUUCAGCAACAUUCUUUCGGUACUCCGGCACUUAUGGACCGAACGUGCUGAACAGUCCAUGACGGAUAAGCUGAAGAAAGACCUGACGGAGUCCACGUUCAACCUUGCCUCUUUUUCUCAAUUCGCACGUCUGGGAGAUUGCAUGGAAAUUCUCGAAUUUGCCCUUCCACAGUUCGACAAGGAAGAUGAUAAAGCAAGCUCGGCACUUUGCUUCCAGACGAUCGGGAACAUCUUGGCAACGGGGAAUGAAUAUCAGAGAGCGAUAGAGAGAUAUCAAGAGGCCAGAAUCAAGUAUCAGGAUAUUGGAGAUCGCUUUGGCAUUGUUGAUUGCAAGCAGAGUAUCGGCGAUAUCCUGAGAAUGCAGAGCAAGUACGAAGAUGCCACUGCGAUCCUGGAGGAGGCAAGGACGGAAUCCCGAACAAUUGGAUCCCGCUUCUUGGCCGCUCAAUGCACAAAGAGCAUCGGUCAUGUCUUGUGGAUGCAGGACCGGUAUGAAGAAGCAAGUGCCGCACUGCACGAAGCAAGAGCGGAAUUUCAAACUAUUGAAGACCGUCAUAGUACAGCACAGUGUACUCGGAGCAUUGGCGAGAUCUUGCAGAUGCAACACAGGUGGAAAGAGGCGAUGGCCAUCCUGGAGGAGGCAAAGACUGUAUUUGUGGCGAUCGGAGAUCCCGUCGGCACAGCUCAGUGUGCACGGACCAUUGGUGAGGUCCUUCGAAUGGAGGCAAAAUACGAGGAGGCGACCGUGGCUAUAGGCAAGGCAAAAGAAGACUUUCGAGCGAUCCGAGACCGCUUGGGCAUAGCUCAGUGUACACAAGCCCUCGCUGACAUCUUGGGGGACCAAGCUAGGUACCGGGAGGCGGGAGCAAACUUGAAUGAGGCAAGAACUGAAUUCGGAGCGUGCGGCUCACGCCUGGGCAUUGCUCAGUGCACCCUUGGCUUUGGGGAGAUCCUGUCGUUACAGCAGAAUUACAAGGAGGCGGCUGCGAGGGUGGAGCACGCAAAGGUAGAAUUCCAAGCCAUGGGGAAUCGAAACGGCGUGGCUCGAUGUCUGUUGAGUCUCGGAAAGAUCUUGUACAUGCAGAACCAGUACGGAGAGGCUGCGUCAAGGUUCGAAGAAGCAAGGACGGAAUUCGGAGCGACUGGUUCCUGUCUCGGCACCGCUUGGUGUACACAGAGCAUUGGGGAGGUCCUGGGCAUCCAGUCCAAUCAUGAGGGUGCAAUCGUAAAUCUUGAAGAGGCGAAGGUGGUAUUCGAAUCUAUUGGAUACCGUCUGGGUAUCGCUCAGUGCCUGCGGAGUAUCGGAGAUCUUCUGAGGAUGCAGGCCAGAUACGAAGAGGCGACUGCGAACGUGGAGAAGGCAGAAGUAGGAUUCCGAGCCAUUCGAGACCGCUUGGGCUCCGCUCAGUGUAGGCAAAGCAUUGGCGACAUCCAAAGCAUGCAAGACAAAGAUGAAGAUGCCACCAGAAGGCUAGAGCAAGCCAAAACAGAGUUCCAGGCAAUCGGAUACCGCCUCGGCAUAGCUCAGUGCCUGCAAAGUCUUGGGGUGAUCCUACGGCGUAAGAAUAAGUGCGAGGAGGGGCUUGAAUUGCUCGAGGAGGCAAGGAAAGAAUUCCGAGAGAUGGGAAACCGCCUUGGAAGGGCUCAAUCCACACUCGGCAUCGGUGAUAUCCUGAGUAUUCAAGAAAAAUACGACGAGGCUAUUGUGAGCUUCGAGGAAGCAGAAACGGAUUUCCGAGCGAUAGGAUCCCGCCGAGGCAUGGCGCAGUGCAGCAAGAGUAUAGCGACUGUCCUAGGAAUGCAGGGAAAGUACGAAGAGGCGACUGCGACCUUGACGAAGACAAGGACGGAAUUCCGGGAGCUUGGGUCUCGCUUGAGCACAGCUCAGUGUACACAAGCCAUCGGCGAGAUCAUGUGCAUCCAGAAGAUGUACGAGGAGGCGAUAACGACACUAGAGGAUGCAAAAGAGGAAUUCCAGGAGAUUGGAUCCUCUAGAAGCGCUGCAUUGUGCGCAAAGAGCAUCGGGGAGAUGCUCGGUUGGCAGGGUAAGUACGAAGAAGCGCUCGAGAGCCUCUGGGAAGCGAAGACAGAAUAUAAAAGCAUCGGAGACCGUCUAGCUGCUGCUCAGUGUGGGAAGAUCAUUCGCAAGAUUCUGCGAUUGCAAGCGCAGGACGAGGAGUCGCCGAAUCGGAGUUCUCGACGAGGCGAAAACGGGGUUUCCGGAGAUGAAUGA